AUGAUUGGCGACGGGAUACUGUCGGCCAGCAUCAUGAAGAUCGAGGCGGAUUCUUGGAUGCGUGGAGAAGAGGAUUCAGGUGUCGAAUUUCCGUCACACGCGCCGCAAGAGACGGCGGACUCGCAGAGCCGGCUUCUGCACCUUCCGGGCGAGCUGCUAUCCUCCAUCGUCGCUCGAGUCGCAGCGUCGGCCAGUUGUCCCGGCGACAUCGCAAAUCUGCGAAUGAGCUGUCGCACCAUGCGCGCAACGGCGCACGCCCCCGCAACGCUGGCCGCAGCGAGUUCCGCGGCGGUGGAAGUGAGGCUGCGCCAGUGGUGCCCUCACGCGCACCAGUUUUUGCGGGAGUGCUGCGAGGCGGGCAACGCCCCUGCCUGCCAUUUUCUCGGCAUGGUCUCCUUCUACUGUCUCGACCUGCACGAGCGAGGCAUGCAGCUACUGACGCGGGCAGCCAUGGCGGGCCAUGCACCAGCGCUCUACUCUCUUGCCGUUAUGCACUUCAACGCCAGUGGAUCGCUCGCCCCGCACCCUCGUGAUCUGCCUACAGCGGUGCAGCUGUGCAUGCAAGCAGCCUCAGCGUGCUAUGUGCCUGCGCUGCGCGAGCUAGCGCACUGCUUGCAGGACGGCUGUGGCGUGCCGCAAGACUCGCUCACCGCACACCACCUGCUCGCCCAGGCCAACCUCCUAGAAGCCUCUCAAAGGGUGGCGGCAGCAGCAUCGGCAUCAGCAGAAGCAACAGCAACCGCUGCUGCUGGUGGCCAAUCGACUUCACUGCACAGAUGUGCAGCCUCCGCACCAGCACCAGCAUCAGCAUCAGCGGCGCCAGUAGCAACGUCGACGGCGACCCGCGUGCUGCUGUCCGAAAUUGCCGGCGCGGAGGGACCGGAUGCGCUCAUGCUCGUGCAGGCAGAGCAGGCAAAAGGCUCAAGAGCACACGCCAGCUCCUCUCUUGAACCCAAGCGCUGGACCUCCUUGGAGGGUGACAGACUGCGCAGGAAUGGUCCUGGUCCCCUCAGCUCUCGUGUCAGGGAUGCGAGGGAAGGGAGCAUGUUGGAGGAGCAAGGAAGGAUAUGUCCUCUGGCUUCCUUCACCGGGACGAAAGAACUGACGGAGGAGGAAAGGCAGGAAAGGCAGGUGGAGGAGGUGGAGGAGGAUUGGAUGAGAGGGGAGGAGUGGGAGGCGCUGGGGUCUCCUACAGCUAGUGAGCUGCUGGAACUGCAGGUGGCAGAAGAGAGAUGUCCCACUGACGCCUCACACCGCUUCCUUGUGGACUGGCAUGCUGCUGCUGCGGCGGCUGCUGCUGCUGCCAGUGCGGACCGGUGUGCUGGGAUGAUGCGCGAUGGGCCUGUGCAGUGGGGCGUUGCAGCUCGCGGUGAUGGUGGUGGUGCCAUGAGAAUGGGUGAGAGCAGCGGUGCAGCAUGCCUGGAGGAGUGUGGUGAUCUGUGCAGAGAGACAAGCGCAGGGGUGGGUUUAGAUGCUCUCGUGCGGCCAGCAGCACUGCCUAGUGCUCCACACGGCAGAGCAGCACAGCUUGCCGCGCAUCAAUUUAUCAGCCGGAGGAGUUUAGAUGCUGUGCGGCAUGUGGAGAGGCUCGGUAUUGCUCCCGAGCCUGCCAGGCAGAGGAUUGGGCAGGCGGGCAUCAAGUGGCGUGCACUAUGCUGGCUGCUGCAGUUAUGGCGGUUGCAGAGUCAGAAGGAGCCCCACUAA